UCUCUCGUCUCGUCACCCCCACCUUUCAGAUAUGCAUGCUUGUGCUUUUGAGCAGAGAAAAGAAACUUGCUUCGCAUGGGGGCCGUAGACCUUUUUCCCGCGCCCGCGCUUACUUUCGCUCGCUCCGCAAAACGCCAAAGCUGGCCCGGCAGCACAGCAGCCAGCAGCCAGCAGGCAUCCUCCGCUCGGCGGUCGCUGAUGAUGAAACUGCAAAACUGUUGCUUUUUUUUUUGCAUUGAUGAUGGACGACGUGAAAUCAGGUUCGGCUAGGCCGCAGUUGGCGCGUUGCUAGACGACAAAAAAUGUCACGUACUACUCAGUCACAGGUAGUACUAGUAGUGAACGAUAGAGAGCAGAAAUACAGCACGAGUAUUGUGUGCUGGCCUGGCAGUAGUACAUACAGCACUCACAGGACUGACUGUAAGUAGGAGCUCGCAGCUGCAGCUGCAGUUUCACUUUUUUCAGAAAGGAAGGCGGCCCUCUCCAAACACUACGCUACGCACGCUAGACGCGCCACCGAUUUCUGUGUACACCAGUGGAAGGAGACGGCCUCGGCAAGCGUGGCGUCCCUACUAGGAGAUCUAGCCGCUGCCUGCAGUCUGCAGCGAGACCCGCGCCGCAACGCUGGCAGGUCGAGCGCAACGAACCGACAAGAUGUGUGCAGCUGCAACCUCUCCCUUUUUCUUCAGCCAUCGAACAGCUCAUCACGUAGUACUAGUGCUCCGUUGCGGGGGCAGGGCAGUGGACCUCUACGUACGCUAGCUUCGUUAUUACAAAUACGAAUAAUGGGGCCUGCUUUGCUUAACCGCCGGACGCGCGCACUUGCACAUCGAGGGAGCGUGCGGCUUUGGUCGCCAUCUAUAGCCCGCAGUCGCCAUCAUCGUGUCUUCCCCCCGAGGUUGUUGUGGUCAUCUAAACCUGCUGCAAUGAUUUGGGGACGGAGACGGCACGGCAGGUUCAGGUUGGCGCUUGAGCAGUACUAGUACACCCGUUAUUUAAUUCGCUGUCUCGACGUGCGCCGCAUUAGUUACGAACUGAUGGCGGACGUACUUUAAAAAAAAAAACAGGAACGCCUGUCCCCCUAUUUGUUCGAGACCUGCAGCUGCGUUGUGGUAGAAAAUCAGUGCAAAUCGUGAUAAAGGUUUCCCGCUUCUGAUGCACUCCUACGUACUAUUUUAUCUGAAGUUUUGAACCUCACCUUUUCUCUAUUGUUCGAAACUUUGACCUUAGUUUUGAAUACGACGAGGGAUCAAAGGUAGGAUCGAAAAACUCUGCAAAUCGGGCCGGAGCGAUAACAAAUAAAUAAAUAAAAAUAAAACCCCACUAUUGGGAUUUAGGGUUCCACGGCGGUCCAGAUACUACCAGAUUCCCCCUACCCCCGACAUGACAUCCGUGGCCCCCCAGCUAUUUCAACCUGCGUGCGCCCAAGAUCGACCGACCGAUGACUCAUCGUCCAAUAGUAAAAAGCACAUAAAUAUUUCAAGAAUAUGAAAAACUAAAACCGAAGCAUACACAUAGGUGCAUUAUUUGCAACUGUCCUUGGCACAUCAUCCAUCUGCUGCAAGCCUGCAACGUACUGUACCUAUCGCUGGAGAGACUACAGUAAGAGAGGCGAGAAAUCCAGCCAGCCAGCACCGAGGGCAUGCUGUGCACAGUGCAGGGCAUUCGGGCCCCAGAGGCCUUUGAAUGAGGGCAUGCAUGAGCCGCAUCUAUGCAAGCAAUCUUUUAAACGAUAUACGUACCCAAACCCCGGCAAUUUACUGCUCCACGCCGGGCCCACCCCUGGGUCAGGCGGCAGCAGGGUAUCGGCCGGCGGACGACGAAGAGAUCCAUGGCUGCUGCCGCUGCCGCUGCCUGGCCAGCAUGCAUGGUCGGGUGCUGAUGCGCCCUACAGUUCCCGUCUGUACCCGUCCAACGUGUUCGCACAGUGUGCCCCCCUGGACCAGGAUGACAAUAUAGAUGUCCAAACGGGCCACCCGGCACGGACCCGGCCCGAACCCGUUUCGGCCCGGUACGAAUAGGGCCGGGCCAGGCACGGCCCGUUGAUGCUUCGGGCCGGGUCGGGCUGGCCCACGUGCCUAGAGACAUGCCCAAACCCGGCACGCACAGGGAAAAAUCGUGCCGGGCCGGCCCGUUGGCCCGGUGGGCCUCAACGGACCGGGCCGGACACUGGCCCGAACCAACAGUAGAACGGUAUAUAAAUACAUAUAUUUAACAUAAUUAAUCAUAUAUAAUAACAUAUUAUUUAUAUAUAUUAAGACAACAAAAUAUUUAUGUAUGCAUUUUAUAUUUAUGUAUGCAUUUUAUAUAUGUUUGGCCGCGUAUUUAGUAUUUACAUACUAUGAGAGAAUUAAAUGUAUUUACAUAUUUAGUAUUUACAUAAAUAUGCGGGCCGCCGUCGUGCCGACCCAUUUAUCGUGCCGGGCCGGGCCAAAGCACGCGGGCCGCCGUAUGUGCCCAUACCCGGCCCGCUAAACGGGCCGUGCCGGCCCGGGCCCGUAACCGACCGUGCCGGGCCGUGUUUGGACCGGGCUAAAUUCGUGUCGUGCCACAGGCCAAACGGGCGGCCCGCACUGUUUGGACAUCUAUAGAUGACAACUCCCGCAGCAGGACGCCAAGCAGCGGAGGAGAGAGCAGGGAGCUGCGCCUUGCAGUCCUGGAGUUCCGUAACGGUAAACCGUUGAUUUGGUGCCAGUCGAGUCGCGAGAUUACUGCUGUGGUUUCUUUUCAGAAUCUAUUUAUGUGUUUUUUUUUCACGUGUGGACGGACGGUCUCACUGGCCCCGACCUUUUGCAGCUGCUGAGCCUGCUGUGGCUUGCUUUUGAGAUCGAGCGUUCUGUUCUUGGACGUGGCGCUUGCGUGGCAGUAGCGAGCGGCCUAUAAUGGCGGCAGCGGUUCCGUCUUGGUCUUGGCGGUCUGGUCUGGUCGUCUACUCCAGCCAGCCAAGCCAACCCACUACUCGGUGCCUCGCUCGCCAUCCGCCAAAACCUUCCAUUUCCAUGGGGUUUUGCACAUUGCCCCGCAUGUGUCCGUGUCCGCGCCUCCGUUUGCAACAUGUGGCGGCGUUCCCGGCCCGCCACUGUGCCGGAAAACGACACAUUCCCGUCAGGCCUCAGCGGCAGCGCAGGCGCAGCGCAGUCCACCACUCCACAUUAUUACUGCCCCGCCCCCCUUUACUCGCCAGCCCUCCUCCGGCCUCCCGCUGCUCGCUCGCCCCCUCGAAAACCAGCGGCGAAUUCGUGGCCGCAUCGGCAUCGGAAUGAGGACUUGACCGGCGGGCGCGCCGGGGUUCGUCGCGGCGGCGGCGGCGGCGCGAUGGAGGCGAGCCGGCGCGGGCGGUUCCACCGCCACGAUGGGCCCGCCGCGCCCGUCCCGGUGGUGGACCAGGCGGACUGCACGGCGCAGACGUGCCGGUCCUGCGUGGCGGUGACGCUGGCGGACGCCAUCGCGCUCGGCUGCUGCCCGUGCGCGGUGGUCAGCCUGCUGGGGCUGGCGCUCGUCAAGGCCCCGCUCGCCCUGGCGCGCCGCUGCCUGCGGCGGCUGCGCGGCGAGCUGCGGCACAGGAAGCGGGUGCGCGACAUGCACGGCCCCGCCGACAAGGCCAAGUGCCGCAGCUCCGACGCCGGCGCCGCGUCGAGGGGCGCGUGGGCCUUGGAGGCGGCCGCGCGGGCGAGGGCGAGCAACUCGUCGUCGUCAGGCUCAGGCAGGCUCGACGCGGAGAAGGUGUGGAUGGAGGAGAUGUACCGGGUGGGGCACUGGGGGUUCGGCCGCCUGUCCGUCUCCGUCUCCGUCUCCGUCACCCCUCCCCCGCCCGUCUGGCCCGGACGCAGCCCCGACGGCGACGGCGGCGGCGGCGGGAGAAAGGACGUGGACCUGCGGUGCGAGUCGUGACAGGGGAAGCCGCGCGACCGUUCGUCCUUCUGCCGGACAGCUCCGUGGCAAUGCCGGAAGUUGUCCUCUGACUUUGCACGGUGAAAUGAGAGUGCAUGGUCCGUGCAUCGGAGCUCCGAGGAGAAUCUGCUUGGGGGAAGAAGCGCUAAGCUAUGAUUGGACCCGGGCGUGGGGAUUGCUGCUUGAUUCGCCGCCUUGGCGGCAGGUCGUCGUGUCGCGCAGCCCCAGCCCAGCCAGAACGAUUCAUCAGACUUCCAGUGCACAGCGGCAAACCCGGAGGGCCUUCUGCAGUUGCCCUUCCAAGUGGCCGUGUCGUAGUCGUAGCUUCCAUUUGUUUUUCCUCCUCUUGGUUCUGGAACCCCGGCCCUGUAUUUUUACAAGCUGUACAUAUUCGAGCGGCCGAGUUCUUCCAUGCUGCUGUAAUUUUUUUGGGCGAUCUCUGACUCUCUGUAUAUACUCGCCUUUCUUUUUAUUUCCCGGAAAUAAUGUGCAUCCGUGGCUCGAAUCGAAUCGGAUCACUUCCCGGAAAUGCUCUUCAUACGAAA